UUUUCUGCCGCGGAGCUCCGACGUCCAGGAGCGGGCAGAGGAGGGAUGCACGGCGGGGAGACGGAGGCGAGACGGCCGCUUCUCAGCCGAGAGUCGCUGGAUCCCAGCGAGCUGGACUCGGAUGAAGGUGAAGUGAUUUUCGAGAGGGGGGCGUCCAGCACCUCGGGGGAGGCCGGCGGGACGCCAUCCCGAGCGUUAACCUAUGAGGAGGCGUUAGAAGUAGCAGGCUUCGGGCUGUUCCACUGGCUCCUGCUGCUGGUCUGCGGCUGGGCCAACGCCAGCGACGCCGUGGAGAUCCUGUGCGUGUCCUUCCUCCUGCCGACGGCGCGCUGCGACCUGCAGCUGAGCUCCUCCGACAUGGGCCUGCUGACGGCCAACAUCUUCCUCGGAAUGAUGGUGGGGGGCUACCUGUGGGGCUACCUGGCGGACCGGAGGGGGCGCCGCAGGAUCCUGGUGGUCUCGCUGACGGUCAACGGCCUGUUCGGGGGUCUGUCCAGCGUGGCGCCCUGGUUCUGGCUCUUCCUGCUGCUGCGGUUCAUCAGUGGUGUCGGGGUUGGCGGUUCGAUUCCCGUUAUAUUCUCCUAUUUCUCUGAGUUCAUGCCCCGCCUGAGGAGAGGAGCCAUGAUCAGCGCUCUGGCCACAUUCUGGAUGGCAGGAAACAUCCUGGCAGCAGGUCUGGCCUGGAUGGUGAUCCCUGCCUCCUGGGCUCACUUCUCUGUGUUCCAGCUGCACUUCCAAAGCUGGAGGCUGUUCGUGCUGCUCUGCUCCGUCCCCAGCAUCACCUCGGCCCUCCUCUUCAGGCUGCUGAUGCCUGAAAGCCCCAAGUUCCUCAUGGAGGUGGGCCGAGAGAAGGAAGCAGUGCACGUCUUCAGGCUGAUGUUUGGACUCAACACGAGAAGGAAAGAAAAGACUUUCCCAGAGUUUUCCUUAUGUCCAGCCUCCAGGCACAGAGAGGACCUGGAAGACACCAGCAGUCUCAGCAGCAUUUUAACAAAGGUCUCAGUUCCUGUCAAACAGAUGUUCAGCAGCUCUCUCAGAUCCAGGAGUGUCCUCCUGCUCAUCAUCUCCUACUGCAUUUCCUUUGGUUACUACGGCCUGUGGAUGUGGUUUCCUGAGCUGUUGAAGAAAGUGGAGGUUGGCGGUUCACCGUGCGCCAACGUCUCCUUCCAGCCUUCGGUCCUGAACCAGAGCUGUGAGCCGGUCGGACCAGCAGUGUACAUGGAGGGCUUCGUCAUCGCUGCGUCCAACCUGCCCGGAAACGUCUUCACCAUCCUCGUCAUGGACAGCACGGGAGGCAAGACGCUGCUCUCCUGCAGCCUGCUGGUGUCCAGUCUGAGCGUCUUCUUCAUCUACCUGGUUCAGACCAAAGCUCAGAGUCUGACUCUGUCCUGCAUCUUCAGCGGCGUCUCCGUCGUCGCCUGGAACGCCCUGGACGUGAUGGGACCCGAGCUCUACCCCACCAAGCUGCGGUCCUCGGCUCUGGGCUUCUUCACGGGCGUGGGCCGAGUGGCGGCCAUCACGGGUAACAUGGUGUUCGGGCGGCUGGUGGACACGGACUGUGCCGUCCCCGUGCUGCUGGUGUCGGCCCUGCUGCUCACCGGAGGACUGGUGGCUCUGCUGCUGCCUCAGACCAGACAGACAGAGCUCACCUGACCCCCACCUGACCCCCACCUGACCUCCACCCCACCCCCACCUGACCUCCACCCCACCCCCACCUGACCCCCACCUGACCCCCACCUGACCCCCACCUGACCCCCACCUGACCUCCACCUGACCCCCACCUGACCUCCACCCCACCCCCACCUGACCCCCACCCGCCUUUUCACCUGACUCAUUGAUGUUUUCUCUUCUUGUCUGAUGUUCGCCUCUCAAAUCUCGUCUUCUCACAGCUUCUGAAGAGCAUCAGUUGAAUACAUCAUGAGGAGAAAGUUCAUCUGGAAAUGUUGAUUCUCAGACGUAGAACCUCCAGCUGUUCUGCUUCAGAACUUUAAGGAUUAAAACUCUCUUUUUUAAAGAGUUUACCAAAAAUUUGAGAAGAAAUGUUUUGUUUUUUUUUUCUACAUGAACAAAUCACAAAACCAAAGAUUUCAAGGUAGAAGCUUCAGUGACUGACUCGUACACAAAAAACAAGUUUUGUUUUGUUUUUGUUUUGCGUUAAGUUUCUGUGAUAUUUGUUUGAUCUGUUUUACGUUGAAAAAUUAAAAUAAAGAAGUUAAAUCCUGAAAUUGUAUUAAAAUUAAUAUAUUAUUCAAUAUGAUAAACAGUCAAAAAAAACCACAAACUUUGUUAUUGCUAAGUUCAAACUUUGAUCAUGUUUCCAUUAAAGUGUCUUAAAAUCUGACUUAGAAGUUACACCUUUUUUAAGAAGCCUAAAAAUAUCAAGUUUUCUGUAGAAUCAUUUCUUUCUUCAUACUCAUCUGUAGUUUUGAAGUUGAGUUUAGAGCCAAUCUUGUUAACUUCAGAAAAUAAAUGCACAAUACUUGAAUUGUUUCAGCUGGUUUUGGUUAGUUGGUUAUUUGGUUCGUUAAUUUAUUUCCUUCGAUUGUAAAACAGGGAAACAAGCUUUUUCUUAAUUUUCCUACUUUCAUAAAGUUUGGAAACACUUUUGUAAAAUGUUUAUUAAAUUAAAUGCGUCAUUUAUGUUUCAUUAAAAUUUUUUAUGAAACAAAAGUUUGGAGUUGGUCCUGGAGUGUCUGGGUCUGGUUGAAAGAAACAUUUUAGAGCUUAUUUA